AUGAUGGAUGACGACACCGAGUUGAGGACCGACGGCAACUCCCUUUUAAAGGCUGUGUGGCUGGGGAGGCUCCGGCUGACCAGACUGCUCCUGGAAGGCGGAGCUUACAUCAACGAAAGCAACGACAAGGGCGAGACGGCGCUCAUGGUGGCGUGCAGCACCCAGCACGCGGACCAGCAGAGCAGCAGCAAGACCAGGAUGGUCAAGUACCUGCUGGACAACAGGGCGGACCCCAACAUCCAGGACAAGUCUGGCAAGACUGCGCUCAUCCACGCCUGCAUCCGCAGGGCCGGGGGAGAAGUGGUCUCCCUGCUGCUGGAGAACGGCGCGGACCCCAGCCUCGAGGACCGCACCGGGGCUUCGGCUCUGGUUUACGCGAUAAACGCGGAUGACAAGGACGCUCUGAAACAUCUCCUCGACGCCUGCAAGGCCAAGGGGAAGGAGGUGAUUAUCAUAACCACGGACAAGUCGUCUUCAGGCACCAAAACCACCAGACGGUACCUUAACGUCCCUCCUUCACCCAAAGCGGAAGACAGACCGUCCCCUCCACCGUGCGCGUCUCCCUCCAACGUCACGCUGAAGGCUCCAGGCCUGGGCUCUCCACCCGCGGAGAAGGAAGAUGAUGUCUUCGGCCUCCAGGCGGGGCGCCCAAGCGGUUGCAACGCCUCCAAGGCUCUUAACGAGCCCGGGUCGCCCACCAGGAAAGCCGGAAAUCUCAGACGGGCCCGUUUGCCCCAACUGAAGAGGCUCCAGUCUGAACCCUGGGGCCUGAUCGCGCCCUCCGUGCUGGCAGCCUCGUCGCGCCAGGACGAGGCCCAGAGCACCGGCACAGACCGCGAGGUCCUCAAGAGCAUCAGCGACGGGUCCCUCGCCAAAAGGAGGCCCCUCUCCAGGACCAACAGCAUCGACAGCAAGGACCCGACCCUCUUCCCCACGGUCACGGAGCAGCUGCUGAAGUUCCCAGCCUCCCCGGCGCCGGCGUCCUGGAAAGCCGCCUGCGAAAAAGGUCAGGCUCCCCACCCGCGUCUGGCCCCAAGGGGAACUCUCCCUGUGGACCCAGAGAAGGGCGGCCUGGGCCCGCCGGGACCCUCUGCUCUCACAGAGCCAGCAUCCCUGGCGCAGCUGGAAAACGACCUCUACGAUUUAGAGUUGCAGCCGGGGGCCGACCCGCCCGGCUCCGUCCGCCUUGAACCCGGCAAGGGACCCUCGGACAGAAAGAAGCUCAACAGCUGCCACGUGUCCCUUUUCCACGGCUCUCGGGAGUCCCUGGACGCCGUGCCCGGCGCGUCCCCCAGCUCGGCACGCCGCAGGCCGCCGCAUCUUCUGGAAAGGCGAGGCUCUGGGACUCUGCUCCUGGACCGCAUUCCCCACACUCGGCCUGGCUUCCUCCCGCCCCUCAAUGUGAAUCUGAACCCGCCCAUCCCGGACAUCAGAUCUAGCGGCAGACCCUCCUCCCCCCUCGCCAGUGGCGUGAAGUCGAUGGUUCCCAUCGCGCCAAGUUCACCAAAGAGAGCUGACGCGCGGAGUAAGAGGAAGCUCCUCAGGAGGCAUUCCAUGCAGAUCGAGCAGAUGAAGCAGCUGUCGGACUUUGAAGAAAUCAUGACCUAG